GGAGAGUUCUAUUUGCAAUUUGCUUUUCCAAACGUUGGACAGAGCCCUAGUAUUCUGAUUGCAAUUGUCUUUGCCUCCUAUUAUUACACGUUCUAUUGGGGAACAGCUGGUGUUUUUGGCACGCAGUCCAUAAAUAAGGCUAUCGUCUCUGCUCUCCUUUCGUCAUCCAAGAGCCACUUCACCUUGUUUCAAAGUUCCAGCUCCGACAGCGGUUGAGUUGAGUACGUCAUAUCUUAUUUCGUUGGGCAGCUGACUUUCGCGAGUGCAGCUCUCCCUGUCGACAUUAAUAACAAUGGCAGCAGAAGAACAAGAGAAGGCGCUGUUGGAGAAGUAUUUCCAUGAGAACUGCCCCGGCUGCAAAGUCGAGAAGUAUAAGGAAUCGCAGAAAGGCUUCCCGAUCCGCGAGCUCCUGUCGAUCUGGAUCGUCGUGCUUUGCACAGCACUGCCAAUAUCAUCUCUAUUCCCAUUCCUUUACUUCAUGAUUAGAGACUUUCAUAUUGCCAAAAGAGAGGAAGACAUCGGAUAUUAUGCUGGCUAUGUAGGUUCUUCAUUCAUGUUCGGUAGAGCCUUGACAUCGGUCUUCUGGGGAAUCGUGGCAGAUCGCUAUGGGCGAAAACCUGUAAUAAUUAUGGGAACAAUUGCAGUGGUUAUUUUCAACACUCUCUUCGGCCUAAGUGUGAACUUUUGGAUGGCUAUUGCCAUGAGGUUCCUUCUGGGAAGUUUAAAUGGUUUACUCGGACCUAUCAAGGCUUAUGCUACCGAAAUAUUCCGUGAGGAGUACCAAGCGCUAGGAGUAUCAACCGUCAGUACAGCAUGGGGGAUAGGAUUGAUCAUCGGUCCAGCUCUGGGAGGUUAUCUUGCUCAGCCUGCAGAAAAGUUCCCGUCGAUAUUUCCCAAAGAAUCAGUGUUCGGAAGAUUUCCCUACUUCUUGCCCUGUCUCGCCAUCUCCGUUUUUGCAUUGGUAGUUACUAUCGCAACCUGCUGGCUUCCGGAAACAUUGCAUAAGCACCACAAAAGUAGCAAGUUUGAUGCGGCUUGCGAAGAUGUGGAGACCGCACCCCUCAUGUCCGGCACAAAAUACAAGACUCAAAAGGCCGAGGGGAAAGCUCCAAAAAAGUCUCUGUUUCGGAAUUGGCCCUUGAUGUCAUCCAUCAUCGUGUACUGCGUCUUCUCACUUCAUGACAUGGCUUACACCGAGAUCUUCUCACUAUGGGCCGUAAGCCCUAGGCGAUAUGGGGGCUUGAGCUACACGACUGAAGAUGUUGGAAAUGUUCUUGCUAUCUCAGGUGCCGGCCUUCUCAUCUUCCAAACGUGUUUAUACCCAUACUUCAAUAGACUUCUCGGCCCUGUUGUGGUAGCUCGCUUAAAUGGGGUCCUAGCGAUUCCGCUCUUGUCAAGCUACCCUUUUAUAGCCAUGCUGACCGGGCUAAGUCUCUCCAUAGUGUUGAAUUGCACAUCAGUUGCGAAGAAUGUUCUAUCUACUUCCAUCAUCACCAGCUUGUUCCUUCUGCAAAACAAAGCCGUGGAUCAAGAUCAGAGAGGAGCUGCUAAUGGAAUUGCGAUGACUGCAAUGUCUCUCUUCAAGGCGGCUGGUCCAGCCGGAGGAGGCGCAAUAUUCUCUUGGGCACAGAAGCGUCAGGAUGCAGCCUUUCUCCCAGGCAACCACAUGGUCUUCUUCAUCCUGAACGUGGUUGAGGCAAUUGGGGUGCUGAUGACUUUCAAGCCCUUCCUAGUCGAACGCCGCUAAGUGGAAGAAACAGAAUCAAACCCGCAUGAAUUCUUAGGAGAGCCCUGCUAAAACUCAGAGCAGAGCCAGCAAAAGAUCAGCUGCCAUUCAAUUUUUCUUCUUCACAAGGUCGAGCAGCAUUUGCCAUCCACAAAGCGGAGGCGGCCCCUUUCAGGUCAAGAAUCUCGAUCCUAGUUGAAUCAGCGUUUUGGCCCUUAUGUGCUCACAUUCUUAAUAUUCCAACAACAGCAUCGAAUAGAAUUACGAUGUUAUUACUCAUUAUAAUGUAACCUUCAGCAGAAUUAGCCUCCGGAAGGAUUAGUCCGCGACAUUGUAAGAAUAGUGCAAUUGAUUGAAAACAGAAAAACCAGUCGGGUCAAUCAAAGUUUCAUCGGUUGAAUUCAUUGA